UUCAGUUAACUCUAACUUCUUUCCAAUGCGUAUUUGAGAACUAAAUGUAAAUGGUAAAAAUUGACAGUGAAUGAACAACACUUAACUUCUUACAUUUUCAAGAUUAUCAGAGAUACAGGUAGAUGAAACCACAAUUUUAAGGUUAACUAUCAGGCAGAUUGUUGUGUCUUGGUGAAACACUGAGCAAUGAACAAUAACUACUCCAGAGCUUUGUCUAAAAGGAGAACUAUAGUAUCUCCAAGCUGCAUGCAAUUUGGAGUUCCAGCGCAUCAUGGCCCUAGUCAUUUUACACCAAGAGAUGCCUUUGCACACUUGCCUUUUCUGUUUUACCCAGCUAAUAUAGACCCAACUUACUAUGAUGCCUACAGCAGAAUCGUUUCUUAUAUGCCCUUCCAUGGACAUUUUGGAGUGUAUGACUGUCCCUUUGAACCAGUUUUCAUCCAGAAAAGAAAUGAAAGAGAAAGAAUCAGAGUGAAAUGUGUAAAUGAGGGCUAUGCCCGACUUCGAGAUCAUCUUCCUGGUGCCAUGUCUGAAAAGCGACUUAGCAAAGCUGAGACCCUCAAAGCUGCCAUUAAGUACAUAAAGUACCUGCAGGACCUACUAAGUCGAGUGCCAGAAGAAGUAAAACAGUCUGAGGAAAGUGCUGCAUCACCUGACUAUUUGGUAGCUUCAAAACAGGAAAGCAUCAGCAAUGAGGAAUCCAAAAUGUCAUCAAAGUCAUCAUCAUCUUUGUACUGCAAGACUGAGGGGAUAUAGCAAAACGAUAUUUUAGCUUUCAGA